AUGCGUGGAAGCUUCCCCCUGAACGGCACGUACUUUCAGAACAACGAGGUGUUUGCAGAUGCCGCCACCAGCAAGCAGCCUCUUGCUGUCCCGCGCUCCCUCCUCUGGCGCCUCCCCCGCCGCUUCGUGCUCUGUGGCACCUCCAUCCCCUCCAUCUUCCGAGGCCUCACAACGCUGCAGGUCCAGUCAGUCUUUUGGCGAGGUAUGCCCUGCAGCAGAGCACAGCGCUGUUAUUCGAUACAUCGCGGGCCCCUCGUGCCAUACCUACACAGCAGCCUCUCCUCCAAACCCAAAUCUGGCAGCAAUGGCAAGGGCGUUCAGGGAAACCUGAUCGAUGCUAGCAAGACCGUUCCACCCAACCAGCCGUAG